AGUGGGAGCAUGUGACUGCACCGACCGAACAGACGCCUGCUAGGUCCGCCCUUCAAACCCUCCCCUGGUUUCUUAUUCCCGUGCUUCCUCGUCCACGCCCCGGUGCCAUGCCUAACUGUCCACGAUAGCACGCCCGAUAUUGCCCGAUAUUAUAUGUAGGUAUAUACACGAACCCUGUCGCACUCCCUGUAAGGAAUGAUGGAUGGCGACGCUAGGGGCUCCGUACCAUGUGCUGGUGGUGGCUGGAAUAGGCAUCGUGUGGACACUGAUUAUUCGGCCGUGUCCAUCGUCGACUAGCCGCGGCCCUCCGCGCUCUUCUUCCUUCAACAAUCCCGCCAUGCCGGAUAGCUGCCAAUGUUCUAGAGGAGACGAAACGGGGACGGGAGACCGAGGCACGUAGAGAAGGAGACGGGGAUACGCUCUAAAAACUUGCAUAUACCUAGCAGCAGCAGCAGUAGUAAGAAAAAAACAACUGCUAGUCGGGUCUGUUUUAGUUGUGACCGAUGGCCACCACCCGCAUCCUCACAUAUCCGCCGCCGCUCGACGACAAGGCCGUCGGCAAGUCGUCGCGCAAUAUCCUCAUCUUCUUCAUCUCUGGGAACCCGGGGCUCAUCGGCUACUAUGAGCCCUUCCUGUCCACUCUCCGGGCGCGGAUAGACGAGACAGCCUCACUCCGCCACAUCCGCUUUCAUAUUUACGGCCAGGACCUGGCCGGUUUUCGCGAUGACGACCACGAGCCGUUCACCGCGCGCAGGAAGCCAUACGACCUCGAAUAUCAGAUCCGGCACAACCUCGCUACCAUAGAGCGGCUGCGCGUCGAAUCUGGUUCGCGGACCGGACUCCCGUACGACGAGGUCCUGCUCAUCGGACAUUCGGUCGGCGCUUACAUCGCCCUCGAGCUCUUCCGUCGCCAACUGCGGAGUCGUGACUCUGCCCCAUACCUGAACCUCGCCUCGGGUCUCCUCUUAUUUCCCACUAUCGAGCAUAUAGCGAAAUCUCCGAACGGCUGGAAGCUCGACCUCUUGCGCCGCAUACCUCUGCUUAGCGACAACGUCCACUACAUCCUGCGGGCGUUUCUCCACCUGUGUCCGCGCCGUGCGGUCUACUGGGUCGUGCGCAGGAUCCUGGGAUUCCCACCUAGCAGCGCGGAGGUGACAACGCGCUGGCUUAAGAGCCGCGAUGGCGUGUGGCAAACCUUGCAUAUGGGCCUAGACGAAAUGAGGACCAUCGGGGAAGACCGGUGGGACGAGGAGCUAUGGGAGAUAGCACAUAACGCCGACGCCCUGGAUAGAUCCCCGCCCAAGUUCUUCUUCUUUUUCGGGAAACACGAUCAGUGGGUAGCAAGCCAUUACCGAGAUCAGUUCAUUCGGAGGAGACAGAACCAGGUCGAACGCACAAGACUGAUUGUGGAUGAGGGCGACAUUCCGCACGCCUUCUGUAUACAUCAUAAUGAGACGGUCGCCGAAAAGGCCAUUGCGUGGAUUGCUGAGAUGUACAGCGCCACUUGAGAUACCGAGCGGCCAGAGUAACGGGACGCUUCAGGAUCAGACCUGGAUUACGAGUAGCCCCGACGAUCUUCUAAAACACGGAUAGAUAUACACGCUUCAUGCAGGGCGCUUGUCAAUUUUCGUGGACAACUGCCGACGUUACCCUCAAAGCGAAAUUACGUCUGUGCGAUGUGCUCGUCGUAAGACGCAGAUACCUGAGUUCUGUGCGAACCAGCUUGUCAGGGCCCAUGAUACGAAGCGCGGGGUUAAAUAGAGGGAAUCUUCAAACACGCAACAGGCUUCUGUAAGAGACGCUGAGUAGCCGUGAGCAGGAUGUUGAAUAAGGGAAAGAGAUGAAUCGCUCGUAGUUUAUCCUUAGGAGAGUGUAGAGGCACAUCAAUGAUUAGGUGAACAUGCCGGAGAGAAGACAGGAAGUGGAGCUACGAUCACAAGACAGUUUUUAUAUAUAAAGCGACAGGAAAAUCCCA